AUGAUUUCACGUGGCUUCUUGCAGACGAUCCCCAUCUGGCAGAACAAACCCCAUGGCUCAGCACGCAGCGUUGUCAGGAGGAUCGGGUCAAACCUCCCUUUAAAACCCUGUCCCAGGGCAACCUUUGAGGCUCUACCGAGCGUUUCGGAGCUCUAUUUAAAUGACGUCCCUCCGGUCCCCACCUUGGCAGACAUUGUGUGGAUAGCAGCAGAUGAUGAAGAAACAUAUGCCAGAGUCAGAAGUGACACUCGCCCGCUGAAGCACAAGUGGAAGCCGAGUCCCUUCACCGUUAUACAGCGAAACGCUUCAGUCCCCAACCUGAGGAAGCAGGAGGAGAAGCUGCUCGCCUUGAAGAAACCUGGUUUACCAGCACUGAGCCGAACAACAGAGCUCCAGGAUGAGCUGAGUCACCUUCGGAGUCAGAUAGCUAAAAUAGUUGCUGCAGAGUCAGCUUCUGCUUCAUUAACACCAGAUUUAUUAUCUCCAGGAAGUUCAAACGCAUCUUCUCCUUUACCCUGUUUUGGACCCUCUUUCCAAUCUACAACUUCCUUUGUCAUUAGCGAUAUCACAGAGGAGGAGGCAGAACUCGAAAGCCCCGAGCUCCCGUCAGUCUCCAUGCUUUGUUCUGCAACCUCCGAGUGUUGUAAACCAGAACCAAAGGAUCCUGACGAGGAAGAUUCUGUGUCUCUUUCAAAGGCCAGCAGUUUUGCAGAUAUGAUGGGCAUUCUUAAAGACAUUCAUAGGAUGAAGCAGAGCAAAGACUUAACCCGAACUUCAAUGAAGGAGGAAGACCCUGCCGUUCUUAUAGCAGAAGUUCUGAGAAGAAAAUUUGCCCUCAAGGAUGAAGAUCUGGCCCUGAAGGAGAAAUGAUGUUACUGUCGUUAAAGUCCGUAAGCAAAAGUGUUACGCUCCCAAAAUUUUCUCCACAGUAGCUGCCUUCCUAAGGAUUGAGCCUUUUGCCUCUUUUAUUAAUCAGAAAUGGUUUCUGCACUGGACACUUACUUAGGAAAGACCCUACGGAUUUGAUGUGUUUUCCAUGUGUUUGUUGUUAUAUUUAAGAAAAAACUUUUUAAGAAGAUGGAAAUUCUUUUCCACCUGUAUUUUGAUGUUGGUUAUUGAUAAGGAUCUUCUGAAGGGUGCAGUGAGUGCUGCUGGAUGACGUUCUUUCUACCUACAGUUUUCCUUAGGUUCAAAUUAAGCAUUAACUGAUAACGUCCUUGUUACAAUAUAACUAGUUACCAUUUCCAGUAUAAAGGGAUGUCAAACAUCCCGUCUUUCUCUGUUCCGAGUACGGCACAGAGCUGCUGAGAAUAAGCUCAUGAACGCUUCCAGGUCUUCAGUGUUGAGGAGGUUGUUGAAUCACGGGGGUAAAAGGCGUCUUCCCGGUAACUGUCUGACCCGACGGCAGGAUGAAGCUGCAGUCAAUGAUCAAAGCGCUCAGUCACGUCUAAGGGAUGCUGCCCUGGGUAUUCCUUAACUCACAAAUUAUCCCCGCCGUUGCAUGACAGAAUGGCCUUAAUUUCGCGCCAGUAAUUUAAUGUUUCAUGAAUGGUCCUUGUAUUCAGAUAAUGUAUUUUAUUUAGCAUUCAAAAGGUCUAUUUAUUGAACCACCGAUGCUAAGAACCGAGCACCCGCCACAAGAGCUGUCAUCUGAGAAAGGGGAAGAAGGAACUUGGCAUUGUCUGUGGCUACAGCUCUCACUAACUGAAGAGGUUUCCUUCAGCUACACGUUCUCUGCAGUGUUCCUCAUGGCUGUAUUUAAAGUAUGGGGUUUUUUCUCCUUUCUAUAAAAUGGAGCCUUAAUAAGACAA